AUGCUGACCAAUGACAAGUUCAAGAUUGCUCUGCGAGAAAAAAGAACCACAGUUGUUGCACAGCUAAAACAACUCCAGGCAGAAACUGAACCAAUUGUGAAAAUGUUUGAAGAUCCAGAAACUACAAGGCAGAUGCAAUCAACUAGGGAUGGUCGGAUGUUAUUUGACUACCUGGCGGAUAAGCAUGGUUUUAGGCAGGAAUAUUUAGACACUCUCUACAGAUAUGCAAAAUUCCAGUAUGAAUGUGGGAAUUACUCAGGAGCAGCAGAAUAUCUUUAUUUUUUUAGAGUGCUGGUUCCAGCAACUGAUAGGAAUGCUCUGAGUUCCCUUUGGGGGAAACUGGCCUCUGAAAUCUUAAUGCAGAAUUGGGAUGCAGCCAUGGAAGACCUUACAAGGUUGAAAGAGACCAUUGAUAAUAAUUCAGUGAGUUCUCCACUCCAGUCUCUUCAGCAGCGAACAUGGCUCAUUCACUGGUCUCUGUUUGUUUUCUUCAACCACCCCAAAGGCCGGGAUAACAUUAUUGAUCUCUUCCUUUACCAACCACAGUAUCUUAAUGCAAUUCAGACAAUGUGUCCACAUAUUCUCCGCUACUUGACUACAGCAGUCAUAACAAACAAAGAUGUUCGAAAGCGCCGACAGGUGCUAAAAGACCUAGUCAAAGUUAUUCAGCAGGAAUCUUACACGUACAAGGACCCAAUUACAGAGUUUGUUGAAUGCUUGUAUGUAAACUUUGACUUUGAUGGUGCACAGAAAAAGCUGAGGGAAUGUGAAUCAGUGCUUGUGAAUGACUUCUUCCUGGUAGCUUGUCUUGAAGAUUUCAUUGAAAAUGCCCGACUCUUCAUAUUUGAGACUUUUUGUCGCAUCCAUCAAUGUAUCAGCAUUAACAUGCUGGCGGAUAAACUGAACAUGACCCCAGAAGAGGCUGAACGGUGGAUUGUGAAUUUGAUUAGAAAUGCGAGACUGGACGCCAAGAUCGAUUCUAAAUUAGGUCACGUGGUGAUGGGUAACAAUGCAGUCUCACCCUAUCAGCAAGUGAUUGAAAAGACCAAGAGCCUUUCGUUUAGAAGCCAGAUGUUGGCCAUGAAUAUUGAGAAGAAACUUAAUCAGAAUAGUAGAUCAGAGGUAAACAUAACGAGUUUUCUGUUUGGUGUGGGAUCUAGCAACAAUAGAACACAAAUUAUUACUUAGACUUGAUUUGAAAAC